AUGUAUCAUUGUGAAAACCAUAAAUCAUGUGCCACUCGUUCCUUGUUUGUAGUCAAUAUAGGUAAACGCUAUGAAAGAGGUCAAGAACAUGUUGAUUUUUCCACUUUUGCAACGAAGGCCACUAUAUAUGCCGGUGGACUAGAAGCUCUAACUGUGCGAUUACAGGAAUCAAAUGAGUUUCUUGCUGGAGGAAAGGGGUAUAUUCGUCUUAAAAAAGUGGAAAAGAAGCUAAGAAUAAGACAGCAGUAUAUGGUGUCACAAGUUGCAUUGCUCUAUCCUGUAAAAAUCUCUGCAGGAGCUACACAGGACCAGGAGCUUGAAUCAUUUCCUAACAGUAGCAAAUUAGGGCUUUCUGCUGGAUCUAAGCCUGUGAAUCCUGGAUCUUUGACAAUUUUGGGUCUGCAGUUGACAAUGAUUCCUUUUAAAACGAUGUCUCUUUUCUCAGACAAGAAAGAGGCUCAGAAGACUUCAAGUGAUCUGGGAUAUGUUGGUCAUGUGCGUUCUUCUUCACUUUCGAUAAAGAUAUUAACUAUUUUCCCCCCACUUUAGGAUUAGUUGGAUCAU